AUGUCGAAAUUGCAGAUAUUCCUCCUACCUUGCCAUCGGGGCAUGAGAAACCCAGUACCAUUCCUCGUGCCUCAACGUCGCUCGUUUUCCAACAGCCAUGUGCGACUUCGGAUCAACAAAUUCUUCGAUUCGCCCUCCAAAGCCGUUGCUGACAUCAGGAGUGGUGACACUGUCCUCGUCGGCGGGUUUGGACUCUCUGGCGUACCGAUGACACUGAUCAACGCGCUUCGCGACCAGCCGGAGAUCAAGGAUCUCACCGUGGUGUCCAACAAUGCUGGAAUGCCGGGGAUAGGACUCGGUCAACUACUGGACACGAAGCAAAUCGGCAAGAUGAUAGCCUCGUAUAUCGGCGAAAACAAAAAGUUCGAGUCCAUGUAUCUGUCUGGAGAGCUCUCGUUGGAACUCACGCCCCAGGGGACAAUGGCGGAGAGGUGUGCAGCCGGCGCAGCUGGUGUACCUGCAUUUUACACGCCAGCUGCGUACGGAAGUAUCGUGCAGACGGGAGAACUCCCAGUGAGAUACAAGCGCGACGGCUCCAUCGAUCUCAUGUCCAAACCCCGCGAGACACGAACUUUCAGAGGCAAGCAGUAUCUGCUGGAAGAAUCGAUCUUCGGAGAUGUCGCGUUGAUCAGGGUCGACAAGGCCGAUCGGAUGGGGAACUGCCGAUUUCGUAAAGCGCAGAACAAUUUCAACGAGGUCAUGGGGAAAAACGCAAAGCUGACAAUAGUCGAAGCGGACCAUCUGGUCGAGGCCGGGGAAAUUGCUCCCGAGGACAUUCACCUGCAAGGAAUCUAUGUCGACAGGGUCAUCAAAGCGACGGUGCCCAAGGAAAUUGAGAAGCUGACGUUCGCAAAAAGCCCGGAGGAGAAGUUGAAGCAAGUGGCUGGCGCGUCGGCUAGGAGAGAGCGUAUUGUGAAGCGAGCCGCUCAGGAGCUCAAGGAUGGCAUGUAUGUCAAUCUCGGCAUUGGCAUGCCUCUGCUGGCACCCGACUUUGUUCCGGAAGGGGUCGAGGUCGUGCUUCAAUCGGAAAACGGCAUGUUGGGAAUGGGCAGAUACCCCGAUCCUGGCGCAGAGGACCCGGAUCUCAUCAAUCCGGGUAAAGAGACCGUCACUCUGAACCCGGGCGCAUCUGUCUUCGGGAGUCAUGAAAGCUUUGGCAUGAUCAGAGCCGGGAAAAUCAACUUGACCAUGCUUGGAGCGCUGCAGGUCAGCGCGAACGGAGAUCUGGCAAACUUCAUGCUUCCAGGAAAGGUGAAAGGUAUUGGGGGCGCGAUGGAUCUCGUGGCGAACCCACAAGAGACAAAAGUUGUCGUUCUCAUGGACCAUGUGGACAAGAAAGGAAAUCCCAAGAUCCUUCCAGUCUGCACAUUCCCCUUGACUGGAAAGCGAUGCGUGUCCCGAAUCAUCACCGACCUUGCGGUAUUCGAUGUCCGGCUGGACGGUCUGGUGUUGAUUGAGCUGGCCGAGGGAACGACGGUAGAUGAGGUCCAAAGCAAGACAGCUGCUGCAUUCACCGUUGCCGAUGAUCUGAAAACAUUCUAG